UGAUUGGUUGAUACGUCCACGUGCACUCGCCUUUGGAUCUCCUAGUGAUCAUCUCGUGUUGUCAGUAGUCAGUGGCAAUAAAUCCAAAAAUACAGACGUCGAAGUGUCAGGAAAUAUUGGAAACAGAAUAGUGGGAUUAACACAAAGUUCCGCAAAUUACGUUACAAUGGCACAGUUCAAUUUCGAUGGAAAUUUUGAAGAUGUCACAGAAAAACAGCUAGAAUUUAUCAACAAAGUUAUAGAAGAACUUGGGUUUAAAGGUAAUAAAGUGACAUUCGCAGCAGCUGGAGCAGCUGGUGACAAUUAUGCUGCAAACGUAAAAAGAGUCAAAGUAGAAGGAGAAAAGGGAAGUCUAUCGAUAAUUGCCAAAAUAGCACCAAUAAAUGAAGUGGUUCGACAUCGCUUAAACGCGGCACUUUCAUUUUGCAAUGAGCAUCUAAUGUAUACAGAAUACCUACCAAAGCUGUUAAAACUACAAAAAGACGCAGGAAUACCAGAUGAUGAACAAAUAAAAUUCCCAAAAUGCUAUGGAACGAAUAUUGAAGCACCACACGAAGUAAUAUUAUUAGAAGAUCUGAAAGUGGAAGGAUUUACUAUAAUGAACAGAAUGAAGUCUCUGUCUAACGAAUGCGUGACUAGUGUACUGAGGAACUUAGCAUUAUUCCAUUCCCUUUCUUUUGUACUAAGAAAUAAGGACCCUGAGAGUUUUAAAUAUUUUAAAGAAAAUUUUGUUGAUAUGUGGGGAAAGUUGGUUAAUUUGCCGCCAGAAGAACUUGUUUCCUUUGAGCAUUUGGAAAGUGCUUCUGUAAGUAUGGUGGACGACCCUAAACAUAAAGAUAUGAUAAAGACCAAAGUAAGUCUGAUGCCAACAAGAGCUGCGAAAAUGACAGCAAUAGAAAAUGAAAGUCCAUAUUCAGUUAUUCAACAUGGCGAUGCUUGGACUAACAAUGUUUUGUUCAAGUUUGAGGGCGAGGAGUUGAAGCAGUCUGUAAUGAUUGAUUACCAACUGUCAAAGAUCUCCAGUCCAGCCAACGAUCUACUCUACAUGAUCUUCAAUUGCACCGACCAUGAAACAAGAUUCAAAUACUAUUACAAAUGGUUAGAUUACUACCACGCUGCAUUAGGAAAAUUUUUAGAGAUUCAUGGUUUCAAAGUAGACGACGUGUAUCCUAGAAAACAGCUAGAUGCUGAUUUGAAGAGAUACGCAGAAUUAGGUUUUGGAUGUAGUAUUUUGAUCUCAAGUAUAUUGACAGCUAAUCCUGAAGAAGCCACUAAGUUUAAAGAUGCAUUUGCAGCUACUGAUGCAGAUGAUUUAUCAGGUGCAAUUACAAAUUUUCACAAUGAUACUGCUGUUCUUCUAAAGAAACGACUUGUUGGGUUGAUUGAUAGUUAUCUAGCUUUCGGUUUGUUGUAAGAUAUUAUGCAUUACGUUUUAUUAGUGAAUUAGUGUUCAUAAUAUCCACUAGAUGGCGCUAGAAAAGUAUCGAUAAAGAUUAGGUAAAUUGUAAUAGCGAGCGUCAGUUAACAGGCAACCUAAGGUUGCUGAGCUGAGAAAUAGAAAUGUACCUGUAUAUUACCUGAGUAUAAAUUGUCUUUAAGAUAGUAAACAAGUUAUAUUUGAGCUACUCUCAGACGUUAAUGUAACUUUAUGAGUGGUAGAUAACAUUGAUUACUUUAUGUAUUUUGUGGUUAAAAAAUAUUUCAGUUUGCCCUAGGUCAUGUAUGCAAUAUAUGCAUAGCCAGAAAAAGUAUU